UCCUUUUUGUGACGUCUCACCAAUUGUAUUGUAUACAUAUCAAAACUAGUAAACUCUACCAUUAUACCCAUUUUUCAUGUUUUUAUUGGUCUUCAUGUCCCAACCAAAUGUAUACAAUUGGUUGGGACGGAGGGAGUACCGUAUUUCCAAAUAAUUCGACUAACUGGUUCUUUUAUAUAUUUCAAGAACGGAGGUGCGUAGAGAUUUUAAACAAGAGCAGGAGGUUGUUUGUAAAGAGAAUGGGAGACAUUGAGAAGAAGAGCAAGAUACUUAUAUUCGGAGGAACCGGAUAUUACGGUACAUACCAGGUGAAAGCAUGCGUCGCAGCUGCUCAUCCUACUUAUGUUUAUGCUCGACCCGUGAAACCUCCUCAUGAUCCCUCCAAGCUGGACCUUCUCAAAGAAUUUAAGUCCCUCGGAGUUACCAUUUUUGAGGGAGAACUCGAUGAACAUGAGAAGCUUGUGGAGGCGAUUCGUCAAGUUGAUAUUGUUAUUGUAACGCUGGGACUCCCCUUGAUCAUGACUCAACUCAAAAUAAUAACAGCCAUGCAAGAGGCGGGUAAUGUAAAGAGAUUCAUUCCUUCAGAAUUUGGUAAUGAGUGUGAUAGAAUUAGUCCACUACCACCGUAUCAAGCUGCAUGCUGUGGCCCGAAGAAGAUAAUCAGAAGGGCCGCUGAAAAAUCUGGAAUACCGUAUACAUUUGUGAUUGCAAACACAUAUGGUGCAUAUUUUGUGAAUUAUCUGCUACGUCCAUAUGACAAAGAAAGCAACAAAGUUACCAUCUAUGGCACUGGUGAAGCACAGUUCAGCCUUAACUAUGAAAAGGAUAUAGCAGAAUAUACAGUGAAAGUCGCAACAGAUCCACAAACAGAAAAUGGCUUAAUCAUCUACAGGCUUCCCAAAUGUAUAAUCUCACAGUUGGAUUUGAUUUCAAUGUGGGAGAAGAAAACUGGACACGCCAUGGAAAAGACCUACGUCUCUGAGGAGAAACUGAUCAAUCUUUCGGAAACCUUGCCUUUCCCAGAGAGUGCACCAAUGGCGAUACUUUACAGCCUUUUCGUAAAAGGUGAGGAGAUGGCUUAUGAUCUGAAAGAGGAGGACUUGGACGUUGUUGAGUUAUACCCAGAGUACAAGUACACAACAGUUGAGGAACUUCUUGAUAUUUUUCUGGUUGAUCCACCGAAACCUUUUCAGGCUGCUUUCUAAGUUUUAAUUCUGGAUUUUGCUUGCGAGAAAAAUGUAAUAAUCUGUUAUUGUAUCCAUGACAAUUAGCAUGUACUUUGUUUGCACCAGAGCUCCCAACUGAAUCAAUGAGAAGCAAAUAAUAUUCUCCAG